UAAUUCUUGUGUACUUGCCAAGACCACACUUGUCAAGUACACAAGAACGUACUCCUUUGGUUUUGAGAAACGGCCUUGCUCUUUUUAGUGCUUCACAUCAUUUUACAAUAGGAACAUUUAAAAUGUAAGUGGGUCACAGAAAGUUGGACUUUUUGAAGCUUUACAUAAUUAUAAACGUGACCUUACAUGUGAUUAUUAAAGCCUUCUGAUGAAGAUGAGAGAGAAGGGUGUCUGGUAACCAUGGUGACUGCUAUAACAACUGUUGAUAUUAACACUUAUCUUUGACAGUUACACAUCAACAUAUAGACAUUGUGUCUUAGUUUAGAUCAGAAUUUCGGGCAGUAGCUACUUUUGCAUCCAUUAAAAAGUGCACUAAUUUCCUAGUUUAUCUUUAGCAGUAAAUUUUGCUGCGCGGGCAUUUGUGGAUUUACGGUAGAAACCUUCGUCACACGGAAGAAGAAAGCUUUAAGCUAGCUGCCAUAAAAACGCCAAUAUGCAAAAAUACCAACGUUUUCCGGCCUCGUUUCUUUUCUUUUUAGGUAAAAUGCAUAUUAUCUAAAAGUACCUUCGAUUUUAUACAUUUCCCCCUCGCAUGCUGAAUUAUAUUCAUGAACAUGGCGACGUGUAUCCCCUUCCAAAGCCAGUUAUCGUCUAUAAUGGAGGUCCUGGUGAAGGCAGCAGUGGCAGAAAUCUCCAAACUAGUCGAUGAUAAAUGUGAAAUUCUACAUCUGGAAAUAUCAAGAAAACAAAGCGAGAACGACCUCCUGACGUCCAAGCUGCGGAUGAUGGAGAACAAAAAUGCACAAAUGCAGCGAGAGUUCGAAAACUUCAUGGAUCGAGGAACUGAUUUGGGGAGAAACCGCCUACACCCUACAAGAGACGUUAGGUUUUGUGGGUUUGAGGACGCUGCUGGUUCCUUCACCAUUAAAGAGGAAAGUGCUGAUGAGGCACUGUGGAUCAGUGAUUCUGCUAGAGCUGUUGGUAACGCUGUACAUUACUCGGAUGCUGACAGCGGUCCAGAGAACCAACAGCUAUCCCAGUCUGAGGUCAUCAGACAAAAGCGUUCUGAGUUUAGUGACUCUUAUAACUCUGGCCCGCAUGUGGUGGAUAUCAACAGUCUUCACUUCACUGUCAAGACUGAGAAGGAGGAGGACCAGGUGUCCUUCAGGCAGGAUGGAUGUCAGCACAGCAGGGAAAAGCAGGCUCCGAUUGCUGCUGACUAUCCCAUGGAUGACAGGGAGAAUCAGCUCUGGUCGUCCAUAAUUGAAGGUAAUGACAUCGACACGGGUUUUCCCGACUUCUCCAGUGUAGUAGACGAGUAUUCCAGCUCUUUCUCUGAGAAUUCGGACGCUACAAAUGUUGGGUCCAACCCCAGCAAGCCGCCUGGUGUCCAGCAGUGCAACGGGCUUUUCAGUGGCGACUAUCAGAAGGAUCCACAGCUGUCGCAUUUUCAUCCCAGAACACAGACCGCUACGCAGCAACCAGAGAAGCAGAAAGAGCAGAUUCACCUGCAGAGGCACGCCUCACGUUCUGCUCAGAUAGAGGAGGACCCUCAGAAUCUCUGUCAGAACAAACCGGUUCUUUCUGAGUCCCUCAACACGUUCACGCCAACGAACUUCUACUCUCACACGGCCCACAAGUCCCUCUCUGCCAUAUCCCGGGUCCUUACCUGCUCCCAGUGUGGAAAGUCAUUCAACCGUCAGCACCAGCUCAAGCUGCACCUGCAGAGCCACAAGAGGAAGCGAGCGCUGUGGUGCACGGUGUGUGGGAAAAGCUUUCAGUGCCCAUCCCACCUUAGCAUACACCACCGGACGCACACGGGGGAGAAGCCUUACGGUUGUGGCCAAUGUGGGAAGAGGUUCACGCAGCAGAGCAGCCUGAGGGUCCACCAGCGCACCCACAGCGGAGAGCGACCCUACAGCUGCUCCCAGUGCGGGAAAACCUUCAUCCUGAUGCACCAUUUAAAGCGACACGGUAUCAUUCACACCAACGGCUGAUAGACGCGUGCGAACAAAAACAACUGUUUAAAAAAAUUAUCAAAAAGCCAACAAACUUCUUUUUGUUGUCCUGUGUGACAAACGUUUGUAUUCAUGCAUAUUUCACUAUGCAAACUCCACCAGAGAUGGAUUUAAAGUUGUUUUCUUUUGUAAAACAGAAAAAUCUAAUGGUUUAGUGUGUGUGUGUGUGUGUGUGUGUGUGUGUGUGUGUGUGUGUGUGUGCGUGCGCGUGCGCGCGUGUGUGUGCGCGUGUGUGUGUGUGAGAGAGAGAGAGAGAGAGAGAGACUCUUCCAAUACAAAUCUCCCCAAAACAAGGACUUGGACCAUCAUCAAACCCUUUUUGUUUCCUUACUUUAAAACGGUUGUUCUGUAGAACGAACUCUGCUCCUGGUAGAGCUCAGCAGCAUCUGUUGUUCGUCCCGGUGGGAGAACACAGAGAUAUUCUCUUUACGUUUAGAAGUUUAUUAGAAUGUUAAAACCAUUUUUGUGUUGACUCUCUCUUAAAUGACAUCAUAAAUCACA